AUGGCUGAAACCCAGGGCCCAACGGUCAUUGGGAUUGCAAUUGCCUUCGCGGUGAUUACCUUCUUCGUCAUUAUCUUGCGGUUGUUUGCUCGAAUUUAUGUCCUCAAGAAAAUGGGCGCCGACGACUAUCUUAUUAUCUUCGCAUGCGGCUUUUCGUGGGCGUUUUCUGUUGUCACAGUCAUUGCUGUCAAACACGGUCUUGGUAGUCAUAUCGAAGACGUUCCCCUGGCAGACAUGAUCCCAUAUGCAUUCAACGUCUGGCUGAGCUCCAUGUUCUAUCUCGCCUGCCUCGGCUUCGUCAAAACCUCCGUCUGCUGGUUCUACACCCGACUUGGAGAUAAAUACCUGACCCGCAUGUCCUUCAUCAUGUUUGGCAUCAUCUGCUGCCAGGCCACAGCCAACGUCCUCACUGCAGCAUUCCAAUGCCGGCCCAUUCCCGCAGCCUGGGACACCUCCAUCAAGCCCAGCAAAUGCGUCAACAUCAAUAUCUUCUACCUCGCGAACGCAGCACUCAACAUCCUCACCGACCUCCUCACCUACACACUUCCAAUCCGAGUAAUCUUCAAACUGCAAAUGCCGCGCAAGCAAAAAGUCGCCCUCGCUCUGAUCCUCUCCCUCGGUCUGUUCGCCUGCGUGUCCUCCAUAAUCCGCAUAACCUACAUCCCGGAAAUGCUCUCUUCCAGCGACGCAACCUGGGCCAUCAGCGGCGCCAUGUACUGGUCCGCCAUCGAAAUCAACAUCGGCAUCCUCGCCGCCUCAAUCCCCUCCUUCAAGGCCAUCGCGUCCCGCUUCCUCCCCCGUCUUAUCGGCGAGUACUCCUCCAACAAGAUGUACGGGGCCUACGGACAGCGCUCGGGGUCGGGGUUCUCCAAGGUUCGCGAUCAGAGCCAUCGCUCGGGGACGGGGAUGCAGCCGCUCCGUAGCCGGGACCGGGAGCGCGAAAGAGGUGCUAUUGUGGGAACGGAUAUCCAUAGUGCGCUUGAUCGGACGAGUGAAGAGAGGAUCCUGGUUCCUGAUGGGAAGAUCUACGCGCAUACGGAGAUUGAGGUGCGGCAGGAUUAG